AUGGAUUCCGAGUUCUACAACGUGUUUGCUACUACUCCAGCUGCUCCAGUUACUGUUAUUGAAACCAUUGAAAUCGAAAAUGAAACGGGAACGUCUCAAAAGCCUCCAAAUCUUAUUUACAUCGAGGAUUUUAAAGGAUGGCAAAAUCGUUUUGAAAACUGGGUGCAAGCCUAUAAGUUUGAUGCAUGGUGCUCGUUAGAUGUAGAUUACGUUAAACCGAAAGAUGAACGUGGGAUUGAAAAAGCUUUAAGUGACUAUUCAACGGUUGAGAAAUUGAAAUACACCAGUGAAAAAAUGAUGAUUAGUCUUCUCCAACAAGCCAAGAUUGAAGAAUAUGAGUUGGACAUUCAGAAAACUGUUAUCAUGAAUAAUCCAAAUGCUCAACAAGAUGUUAGUCUAUACUACAGAGGAAGCAAAUUUGAGACUACCCCGAGUCCGAAGAUUAAAACUGCUUUCAGUGCUGAUAGUUCUUCUGGAACAAAUGGUAGCACAGUAACUCAGAGUUGUGGAUACUCGUCAUCGUAUUCAAGUUUUGAUCUGAAUUUCACAACACCAAGUCCUCAACGACAGAAUUCAACAAAUCUGCAAUGCAAUGUUACAUUGAAUAUUCAAAAUGGUCAAAAUCUCUCUCCAGAAGUGGCUAAGCAACACAUGGCGUCACUUGUUACCAUGAUAGAGUCAUAUGAAAGCUUAGUUGCUGGAAGAAUCGGAAACCCAAUGCUUACUAAAGAGGAUUAUGACCAGAUUGAUGCUGAGGAACUUGAAUUUUUGACAACCCUCACCAAAUCAGGCACUGGUGAGUCGGACACUACGGGCCCUAUGCCCAUCGUAUCAGACGACCGAGUAUCAUCAGAGCAUGAGGUCCACACAUCAGAUGUUACCAGCAUGGACGAGGAUGAUUUUCAGCCCUUCGCGCUACCCGAGGAUGCUGUCGAGCUCGCCGAUGGCCCUUUUGCCGGGGACUUACCGCUCGUAGAGAUCCCUGCCCCCAUACCUCUUGCCGCAUACCCUGCUCUUGAUGUACUCCUCGACGCCGACGCUGAUGACGAUGUCGAUUUGUUUGAUGACGAGCCCCUGGAGGAUGAUGUUGAGGGCGAGGCCCUUCUAGCUGCUGAUCCUGAUAGAGCAUCAUCUGCUGCCCCUGCCCCGAGCUUCGCCUUUGAGCACGACCUUGAUGAGGAUUCCCACCCUCUCUUUCCACCAGGAUUUGACCCUGACCAGGACAUAGAGUUUAUACCCCUGGAUCAGCCUAUGGAGGACUCGGUUGACCCAGUUGACCUUGCUGACCCUGCGUUUGCUGACCAUGCAGAUGUUGAGAUGGCGUUCGAUGACCCCGAGCCUGCCAUGGCCCCCGAGCCGGUAGCCGCUCCUGACCUUGUGAUUGAGCAUCACCCUAUUCAUGCUGGCAUACCCAUUGUUGACCCUGUGAUUGCUGAUCUACCCAUUGAUGAUCACCCUGUUGAUGCCCCACUACUGGAGGGCGAUCAUGUUGUUGCUGCAGCUCAGGCUGAUGCCCCUCUCAUCGCUGAUGUACCCGUUGACCCUAUUGUUGCUCCCCUACCUGAUCCCGUUCCCCUGGAGCCCGAUCAUGCGCUAUUCGCGACCCAUAUUGAUCCCUGUUAUGCGCACACCCAGAAUGGGUGGAUUGAUGCUGAUGAUGAGCUUCCACCUAUUCCCCCUCAUACCACCGAUGCACGUCACAUGGAUUUCCCUUCUUCGUUCGCUCAGUUCACACCUCCAGCUCGACCUGGAGAGGGUUCCUCGGCUCAUCCCUUUGGACAUGUGCCGGCAUCUAUCCCAGUUGUACCACAGUUUUCUACUGCUAUUCCCCCUGUUCCACCAUUCUCUGUGCCACCUUUCGAUCCAGCCAGUGAGCCAUUUCUCUGGACGUCACCGCCUAUUAUGCCGCCAUCCGACCCCUACCAUCCUUUCCAUAUGGGGUAUUCUAUUGAGGACGUUCUUAUGUCGUUUGUUGUCCAGCAGGAGGCACUCACACGGCAAAAAAUCGAGAUGUUGAAAGAGAAAAGGACUGUUCGUCUGUAA